AUGCUUAGAACCAAACUGUCCGUUUCGAUCGCUGCGAGAUCCCAGUUAGCAAGAUCUUUGACAGCGUCAAGGACGUCGUCAUUGAGAAUAUGGUCCGCUCAACAACAGCCGCGUUUGUAUUCUUCCAACACAAGACCAAACAAGGCCACCACAACAAGGGAAAACACCUUCCAAAAACCAUACAAUGAUCAAGAAGUGACCAAGACACCAGUCGGGUCGCACGCCAGAAAGAUCUUCGAGGCCCCACACCCAAAAGCCACCCGUUUGACCGUGGAGGGUGCCAUUGAAUGUCCCCUAGAGAGCUUCCAACUACUAAACUCCCCCUUGUACAACAAGGGUUCUGCAUUCACACAAGAGGAAAGGGAAGCGUUCAACCUGGAGGCAUUGCUGCCACCACAGGUGAAUUCUCUAGAUGAGCAACUGGAGAGAAGUUACAAGCAGUUAUGCUACUUGAAAACGCCCUUGGCCAAGAACGACUUUAUGACGUCAUUGAGGGUACAGAACAAAGUGCUGUAUUUUGCAUUAAUCAGAAAGCAUAUCAAGGAGCUAGUCCCCAUCAUAUACACCCCCACUGAAGGUGACGCCAUUGCGGCCUAUUCGCACCGGUUCAGAAAACCAGAAGGUGUGUUUUUGGACAUCACCGAACCGGACUCCAUCGAACGCAGACUGGCCACUUACGGUGGAGACAAGGACGUAGACUACAUCGUCGUGUCCGACUCAGAGGGUAUCCUGGGAAUCGGUGACCAAGGUAUCGGUGGUGUGCGUAUUGCCAUCUCCAAGCUGGCGUUGAUGACGCUGUGCGGUGGUAUCCACCCUGGCCGUGUGCUGCCCGUGUGUCUGGACGUAGGCACAAACAACAAAAAGCUGGCCCGCGAUGAGUUGUACAUGGGUAACAAGUUUGCCAGAAUCAGAGGCAAGCAAUACGACGACUUCUUGGAAAAAUUCAUCCAAGCCGUGAAAAAAGUCUACCCAAGCGCGGUCCUGCAUUUCGAAGAUUUCGGUGUCAAGAACGCAAGAAGACUACUGGAAAAAUACAGAUACGAAUUGCCAUCCUUCAACGACGACAUUCAAGGUACGGGUGCCGUGGUCAUGGCCUCGCUAAUCGCCGCUUUGAAGCACACCAACAGAGACCUAAAGGACAUCAGAGUCUUAGUGUACGGCGCCGGCUCCGCGGGACUCGGUAUCGCGGACCAGAUCGUAAACCACAUGGUAACGCACGGCGUUGCCAAGGAAGACGCGCGCAAGAAGAUCUUCCUAAUGGACAGACGUGGGUUGAUCCUGCAAUCCUACGAAGCAAACUCCACCCCUGCACAAAACGCCUUCGCCAAAAGCGACGCGGAAUGGGCAGGCGUCAACACCAAGUCGCUACACGACGUGGUGCAAAACGUCAAGCCCACAUGUCUGGUGGGCUGCUCCACCCAGGCGGGCGCCUUCACUCAAGACGUAGUGGAGGAGAUGCACAAGCACAACCCUAGACCCAUCAUCUUCCCGCUAUCUAACCCAACAAGACUACACGAGGCCGUUCCAGCGGAUCUAAUGAAAUGGACCGAUAAUAACGCCUUGGUGGCCACGGGGUCACCCUUCCCGGCCGUCGAUGGAUACCGUAUCUCAGAGAACAAUAACUGUUACUCCUUCCCGGGAAUUGGUCUUGGUGCCGUGCUUUCGCGCGCCACCACCAUUACGGACAAGAUGAUUUCUGCUGCAGUGGACCAACUGGCCGAAUUGUCACCACUGAGAGAGGGUGACUCCAGGCCGGGGCUGUUGCCCGGCCUGGACACCAUCACCAACACCUCGGCCCGUCUAGCCACCGCAGUGAUCCUGCAGGCGCUAGAAGAGGGCACAGCCCGCAUCGAACAGGAGCAGGUGCCCGGCGGUGUUCCCGGUGAGACGGUCAAGGUGCCUCGUGACUUUGACGAGUGUUUGCAAUGGGUCAAGGCGCAGAUGUGGGAGCCUAUGUACAGGCCCAUGAUCAAGGUGCAGCACGAUCCCUCGGUGCAUACCAACCAGUUGUAG